CAAACACAGUUUCAAAAUUCAAGUUCAGCAAUUUAUCGUCUUCAGGAGAGAACAAAAAAAUGAAACUCGCAUGGUCUCCAGAUUCUGCAUCAAAAGCAUACCUCGACACGGUCAAAUCUUGCCAGGUUCUCUGUGAAUCAGGAGUGGCGGAGCUUGUGGCGGCGAUGGCCGCCGGCUGGAACGCACAGUUCAUUGUGGAGACGUGGUCGCAGGGAGGAGCGAUCGCCACCAGCAUAGGGUUAGCGAUAGCGAGAUCGCACACCGGUGGGCGGCACGUGUGUGUGGUUCCCGACGAACAGUCGGGAUCGGACUACGCGAAAAGCGUGGGCGAGACUGCCGGCGUGUCGUUGCCGGAGAUAUUGGUGGGCGAGGCGGAGGAAGUGAUGGACGGUUUAGUAGGAAUAGAUUUCUUGGUGGUAGAUUCUAGGCGGAAGGAUUUCUCAAGAGUAUUCAGAUCGGCGAAAUUGAGCGGGAAAGGAGGGGUUCUGGUGUGCAAGAACGCGUAUUCAAGAACGGCUUCGAGAUUUAGGUGGCGGAGCGUGGUUGAUGAGGAAUCAUCGCGGCGGCGCGUGGUUCGGACGGUGUUUCUUCCGGUGGGGAAGGGGCUGGACAUGGCACAUGUUUCCGCCGUAACCGGAGGUAAACCCGGCGGUAAGAGAUGGAUUAAGCAUUUUGAUCAGCGUUCAGGGGAGCUGCAUGUAAUCAGAAGAUAAAUUCAUUUUAACUAUUUAUUUAUGUUUUUUAAAUAUCGUUAUUGCAAAAACAUAGUUUGGCCGUAGACAAUAAAAGGUCAUGUAAAUAUCCAUAUAUACAUGUAGUGGAGGAUAUUACAAAUUAAUUUCAUUUGGUUCCUUCUUCUUC